GUAGGCCCAGGCCGUGCGCCCACCCUGCCCUCCACGCUCCGCACCAUGAAGGCCCGGCCGGUCCUGCUGCUGCCGCUGCUGCUGCUGGUGGUGGUGUCCCCCUGCGCCUCCGAGUCGGUUCGGGAAACUGAGGUAAUGGACCCCCAGGAUUUCUAUGAUACGAGGUACUACUCCGGAGCCUUGCCGGAUGAUGAGGAUGUUGGAAAAACCUGGCUGGACCGUGAUUCCCACCCGGAGGACUUCGAGCUGUCGGGCUCCGGGGAUGAGGAAUACACCGAGCUAGAGGAGAAGACUUACCUAACAGAGAAGCCAGAAACCACCAUGGAUAAUCGCAUCCCUGAUGAGGAGUCCAGAAACCAGGAUCCUGAGGACCCCAAGGUGGUGGAAGGGAACGAGAUCCCGCUCGAGGAAUCCCCAGCCUUGGAGGGGGGAGAUGUGUCCAACAAAGUCGCCAUGGCCAGCGCUACCCAUGAGAGCAUCUUUGAGAGGACAGAGGUCUUGGCAGCCCUCAUUGCAGGCGGCAUCGUGGGACUCCUGUUCGCCGUGUUCUUGAUCCUGCUCCUGGUUUACCGCAUGAAGAAGAAGGACGAGGGCAGCUACGAUUUGGGCAAGAAACCCAUCUACAAGAAAGCCCCCACCACCGAGUUCUUCGCCUGAGGCCCCGGUGGGCGAAGGGGCGCAGACCGGGCACGCCGUGGGGAGGAGGCCGUGGCGGGUGGGGAGGCAGUUCCCCUGCUGGCAUCCCUGUGUCCAUUUCCUCUCUCUCCAGACUAGGGAUUUGCAUCAUGUUCCUUGUAUAUAAAAAGAUAACCUACGGUCCCCCAUCCACCCACUCCUCAGGCCCUGUUCAGGGGGCAAGGAGGACGGGCUGAGGGGCUCACAUUGCCCCCAUUUUGCUGUGAGGGGGGGGUCAGGCAGAUGCCCCUCGCCCCGGCCCUUUGCCAAUCUACAAAGCAACCCCACCCGUACCCCUUCCAUAAGGAGUCUGCACUUCCUUCCCUUUUCCCACCAGUUAAUUUGGCUUCCUCCAAAUGUGCCAACCCUGGCAGGGUGAGUGGUGGGACCCAGGGGGCACAUGGGUGGGGAUGGAGGGGACCUUGAGCUACGGACACAUUAGAUUAAAUCUUCACAUAUUUGUAACCCCCGUCCUGUGGUUCCCGGAGGGGCUAGCAGCCCGGCCGUGACCGCAGGCCUGUCCUGAGGUGGUAGGAGAGAUGGGAGGUCGACUCCCAACCCUCCAAGUAGCCAUGGGUACCGUGGGAUCUGAUUAAAAUGUCCCCCAGCUCUGGGCUGGUUUGAGAUUCCUGUACAAGAUUUCACAUCUACGGGAGGGAGGACCGAUUCCUGUACAAGAUUUCACAUCCACGGGAGGGAGGACCGAUUCCUGUACAAGAUUUCACAUCUACGGGAGCGUCGGUGGGAUAGAACAGCUGAAUGUUUUUGGGAAAAUGUUUGUAAAACUUUUAACGGUUCUUACGUUAUCCUUUUUUUUUUAAAUGAUUCAUUCCUUCUCCGCUUCAUCUGGCCACCCCCCUGCAUCACAGCGUACCCUGAGGGAGCAGGUAUCGGGUGAGGGCGGGGUUUCACUAUCAGCAGCUCCAGCCUGACUUUAUUUAUGUGUUUUGGUUUCGUUUUCUCCAGAAUGAGAGAAUUGCCGGGGAGAUGUGGGGUUUUUUUGGGGGGGUCUUUGUUGUUGUAAUUUUGUAUUAUUUAUAGUUCCAGACACGGCUGCUUCUCUUCUUCCUCCCUUCAUCCCUGUUCACACUUUGGACGCUUGCCUAGCUCUCCUUUUAUCUUGAGAUCUCGUCCUCUUAACUAAAGGCAAUUAAUUUGCUCCGAGGUAGCUGGUCGCUGUUUUAGUGUAGGGGAUGAUGGACUUUGGGGAUUUUUUUUUUUAGCUUGUAAUAUAUAUUACUCAGUUUUACAGUUCUAGAUGAUAGAGACAUAUAUUUUUCCAGUAAAGUGCAUAAUAAUAAGAAUAUAAAAUCA